AUGCGGGGCGCAACGGUGGAUCCGGAUAUCAUCACCUACAACGCUGGGAUCACCGCGUGCUACAGAGGCGAGCAGUGGCAGCAUGCACUGUCGCUGCUCAGCGAAAUGCGAGACAAGAUAUUGAAGCCCACCGCCAUCAGCUACAAUAUUGGAGUCAGCGCGUGCGAGAAAGGCACGCAGUGGCAACGCGCCUUGUCACUUCUCAACGGAGUGUCUGAAGCGACGUGGCGAAGAUGGAGUCCGCCGUCACCAGCCACAGCGAUGGGACCAGCUCACGGGAGAACGGCGGGCGGCGACAGUGGGUAA